AUGCCUAGGAAACUCAGAAUACUUGGGAAGGUUGCUGAAAUUCAGCAUGCCAAUUUGCGCAUCUUUAAUGGUGAUGUUUAUCCAGAUGAUGUGGUUUUGCAAGAUGUCCCAACUUCUUACGAUCAAGAAUAUAACAAUGUUUCAAACUCUUUACUAUUACAUGACAAUACGACCAAUCCUGUUCAACCAUAUACAUCUGUUUUGAAACAAAAUGCAUCUGUUGGCGAUGGAUUCAACUCAUCUUCGUUUGUUGCUAGCACUUCACAUGAAAUCACUGUCCCUGUUUUUCUUGCGAAUGAUGCCACUUUGCGUGGUAUAUUGGUCACUGAUACUGAAGCUGGUGGUGUUCCAGAUUAUAUUGAUUUUGGCCCUAGAAAUUUUCAAUGUCAAUAUUGUGGCGCUUUAUUUUGGUCUACAGAGCGGUUAAAAACAAACGCUUCUUCUACUAGAAGGCCACAAUUCACUGCAUGCUGUAUGAGUCAAAAAGUAAAAUUCCCACCUGUUAAGCCUGCCCCUGCUUAUUUGGACCAUCUGCUAAAUCCAACAAAUUCUCAAGAAAAUUCACAUUUCAAAAAAAAUGUUAGAUUGUAUAAUUCAAUGAUGGCAUUCACUUCAAUGGGGGCUAAAGUUGAUGCAUCAAUAAACAAGGGUCAAGGUCCUUAUGUUUUUAAGAUUAAUGGUCAAGUGCAUCAUUUAAUGGGUUAUUUGUUGCCUCCUGAAGGCGAGAGCCCUAAAUUUGCCCAGCUCUACAUUUAUGACACUCAAAAUGAAGUCAACAAUCGUAUGAGUUGUUUUCCUCAUUCUGAAGCAUCUUCAAAAGUUGACAAACAAAUUGUUAGUGGGCUCAUUAAAAUGUUAGAUGAGUGUAAUGAGUUGGUUCAAUUAUUUGGACUUGUAAGGGAUAGAAUUAAUCAACAGUCAGCAAAUUCUUUGCGCUUGCGUUUGCACGACACAUCGAGCAACCAUGAUGCGCAAUAUAAUCAACCAACAUGCAACGGCAUAGAAGGGUUAAUUGUUGGGGAUAUCAGUCAAUUUCACACUGAAAGAGAUAUUAUUAUUGAACACAAGGCAACUGGUCUACAAAGGAUAACAAAGUUACAUCCAAAAUAUAUGGCUCUUCAGUAUCCUAUUCUUUUCCUAUAUGGUGAAGAUGGAUACAACAAAGGUCUUCCUUGGAAUCCUGCUUUUAAGGGAAAAACCCAAGACUAG